AUAGUCGAUUAACUACCAAUGUUGUAUUAUUAUAAAAUUAUAAUAUUUUUAUUACAGUGUUUUUGCUGAGAGACGGGAUUGACGUAGGUGCAUGCCCGCGCUAUUUGUUUUGACACGGGAGGCGGUGUCUGGCCAGUUUUGUACAUGAGUAUAUUGGACUGUUUUAGUAGUUUAUUUUAUUUUAUUUAUUUUAUUUCCUGUAAACGUACACACAACUUAUUAUCUUUAUGUUUAAAAUCGGUUAAGACCUAGAAUGAAGAGAAACGGGAUUACAGCUGCUGCUGCCGAGUUUCAGAAGUUUCUCAUUGCAUAUUACCAAGAUGGACAAAAAGGAGAAUUGAAACAGCCACUGGUUUAUGAGAGUGAUAUCCAGGUACAGCUGGUAAACGAUGAAGGCAAAAACCCCUUGCGCUGUAUCUGGAAUGGAAGCAAGUCUGUAUUUAUCAUAGAAAAAGCUAUCCCAAAGCUUGAGAAUGAAGAAGAGACGACUGAGGAUUCCUUUCCUUCAGAUUCAAAGCUUCACUUUAAAGAAGCUCUAGGUCCAAUGCCACUGGCUGUUAUGAAAGCAAGGCAGUUGAUUUCUUGGUAUACCAUGGCCAAUAACCCUAACAUGCCCCAGUUAGUGAAUGCCAGCAACCCUGCAGUGGUGCUCCCUCCUGUGUGGGUGCGAUGUGACAGCUCCGAUCCAGAAGGCACCUGCUGGCUUGGGGCUGAAACCAUCAGGACUGACGGCAAAGUCACUGGCAUCAAUUUCCAUUCAGUGACAUGUAAAGGUCCAGUUAUUGGGAAAUCUUCAUUUAUUAACCUAGAUGAGCUGAAAAAAGCUCACAAAGGGAGACACCACUCUUCUACUGUGACAACAAAGGGAUACGCUCAGUAUGAUCUUUUUGGUUCAACAGUAGUGGAGAGCAGUAUUAUUGAAUCACAGAGCAAUAUUGUAGUGGACUUCACCUGGAACAAUGUGGAGAACAUUCUACAGACUCCACCACUAACAUCAGCUGCUACAUUGAACAUCAAAGUGGGAUCUGGAGACCAAAAGAGUCCAGUGUACCAAUUAUACAAAGAGCUGGAGUUUCUCAUUGUUUUGGCUGAAGGUUUGAAAACAGGGGAGACUGACUGGCCAGAGCCUUUGGAAACCAAAACUGCUGUUGAACUUGUACAAGCAUUGAUAGAAGAUUUAAAGAACAAAUUUGAUGUUUACCAGAAACAGCCUGCUAAGGAGUCCGAGAAAAUAAAAAGCGAUGCUGCCUCAGUUGAUGGUUCCAUCCAGACUGCAUUUGUCACGGACCGCGGAGAUCUCGAUUUUGCAGAGCAGCUGUGGUCUAGGAUGAGGAGGAGUGUGACAUCCUGUCGAGAUGUAGUGGAUUCUCUUACAUUGGUAAUUCAGGCCUUGAAAUUCGGUGACAUUCAACCAUGGAUCCACAGAGGGAGCAGCAGUUCUCUUAGCAAGCUGAUCCAGCAAUCCUACCAUGGCAAAAUGGACAAUUUCUCUCUUACUGGACUUGCACCCAUCCGAAUGCUGUUGGAGGUUGGGCUAGAUAAAAUGAGGAAGGACUAUAUUAACUACUUCAUAGGUCAAGAACUUACAACACUAAACUACCUGGAUUACUUUCUGAGCUCGUCUGUGGAUGUACAGGAGCAGGUCCAGCGGCUGAAGAAACUGCACCACAUGCUGGAGAUUGUGGUGAACUGCCAUGCUUUCCUCAACCUGGCUCAUGAACACCUUUUCCCUCUAACACAGUCUUGCUUGCAGUUUUAUAAAAAGCACCCUUACAGUGAAGAAAACGUGUUUCACUUGCAAAUCAGACCCUCUGUGAUCAGCAGCUUCUAUCAAAAUGAGCACCCUCAGACGUGGAGAGUGGAGGUUUCCAGUGGACACGGGCAAAAGGAGGUGAAAACAACGUGGCAGCUCAGUGGCAAGGCGCCAGUGGAGCAUGUGGUCUUCCAUACACCAGAUAUCCCUUUUGCAACAACCGUUAAUGGGGAAGACGAGGAACCUGCAUAUUUCACUACAAUCAUUAGUUGUAGCCAAGUCCAUUUUAUGUAAAUAACUUCACAGUCUGCUGCUGUUUGGUCUUCGUCCUGAUUCCAUACCUCGCUUGCCGUUCCAGCACUUAUUACAAAUUGUGCACAUUAUAUAUUUCGAACUUAAGAUACACAGGUAGUUCACAAAUAAUGGUUCUGUUGUUUUUGGAUUUCCCAUGAUUGUGACGCCUUCCUUUUAGAAAUGGAACUACAACUUGUCAAAAAUGGAUUUGGAUAAUUCCUGUUCUUGGCUUUCUAUAUGUAGUGUUGUGUAUAUAACUAACACAAUCAUAUUGGAUCAGUCUCUUAAGAAUCCAUUCACAUAUGACUGUUUGUGAUGUUUUUGUGUUGUAAUAAAAUCUAA